CCUUGAGGCUGCCAUGAAGAGAAUAAAAGAAUCCACAAAAUUUAUCAACAUUAUUAUGAAACUAUUAAUUCUUGUUUUCGACAAUUUUCGCAGCCACUAUCACGAUAAUGUUAAAUUAAUUGAAGAAACUAAAACUAUCGAUAGCAUUCUUGAAGAUAUUAAAGCACAAUAUGAUAUUGCCAGUCAACAGCAUCAAAAAUAUAGUAAUGAUGCAAAUAAUUAUCAAUCGUCUAUCGCAACUCUUCAAGCAGCUGCUAAUGCUAAAUACGGUCAUAUUCAUAAGCUUUGUCAUGAUUUAAGUAAAAUUUGUUCUCGAUUUAACUUUGUUGAUGAACUUCAUGCAAACAUUGAGAGCAUGAAACAGGACGCAAGAACACUGCAGAAUACUGAUUUAAGAAAGAAUGCUGAAGCAGAGAUUCAAAGACUUGAAAAAUUAGCUAAUGAUCUAUCUUCAAAACGAACAAAAUGGACAGAGGAAAAACUUGCGAAAGAACAAUUUUCCGAACAAUCAAAUAACUCAGGGCCAUCAAAACUGGGAAAUCAGCAACAAAAUCAUAAAAAAAUAAAUCUGGGGUUUUUGUCGAAAUUUAAAAAAAAAUAA